AUGCCGGUUCAGAUCGCUAAAGCCGUAACCUUGCUGUGGUACUUCGGGGAAGUCAUGUGCAAGACUGUCAAUUUCCUUCAAGGUGUGGCAGUUGCAUCUAGCGUAUUUACGAUCACAGCAAUGUCAGUUGAUCGAUACCUUGCCAUCACACAAUCUCUGAGACAGUCGUGGAUGCCAUCACGACGUGGCGCAUGCAUGCUAUUGGGAGUCCUAUGGUUGAUAUCUCUAGCUAUAUUCGCACCUCUGCUGGUUGUAGCAUCAGUAGAAAGAGAGAUCGUGCCACUUCUUACAAAAACAAAAAAUGGGUCUAUGUUGGUGGAAACCAGUAUUGAGUUUUGCACAGAAAAAUGGCCGAAUUCCAUUAACAGGGAACUGUUUGGGACAUUCAGCUUCAUUCUCGUGUAUGCGGUGCCAGGUUCUAUCGUUGUAGUUUCAUACUUUUUAAUGGGCAGACGGCUGUGCUCAGUGCUGCCUCCUUUCGAUCAAACUGAGGGGAGCGUAAAUAGUCAACAGGUAAGUUAA